AUGGCGGGUGGUCGUGGUCCAAACUCACCGGGGAGCGGGGACGGGGAGCAUGCGGUUUUUGGUCCCUUUUCCCCGUCCGUUCCAUCCAUUGCCCCGGUGGCUCGGCGUGCCGUGCGGCUGCUGGCUUGGCGCAUUUGCGCGCGCUACCUCCCUUGGUGCUCCGGGUCCCCUGACCAUGCCCAGACGCCCUUCCCUUCCCGCACGGUUGGAUGGAAAAACAGAUACCAGUCCUUGCCGAGGCCAUCACUGGCCAACCGCAAUCUCGUUGGCCUGUACUAA